GUUGGCUUUGUCAAUUGGUGCUGAGGCUUCAGAAUUGAGUUGAAAACGCCUGGCAAGCGCAGCUGCUAGAUUUGAUGCUCAUCUUAAAUUGCUUGUAGAGAAGCCUCUUUCUCUCCGUAAGUUCCAACUUUAAUCUCUUCAAAUACUUAUUUUAAGCCUUUCUCUCGUUAAUUUCUGCGGAAAAAAAGCAAGACUUACCUUUCUUUGUUGUUAUUCCACUAAGAAGAAGGAGGAGAGGAAUAGAUAAAAUGGGUUGCACUUACAGUCCCUUGUUCCUUCAGAGAAGGUGGACAUCUACUUCCGUCACCAUCAGUCCAUCACCAACUAUUCUUAACAGUAGCAAUAAUAAUAGAACCUCCCUUAUGCCAUCAUUGACUCUUUUUCGUCUUUGUCCUAUGUCAAAAACCCUUCAAACUGAUGCUGUGCUUCGCCUCAAGGGAUCACUGGAAACUAGUGCCAGUUGUAAUAAGGAAAUAACAAUUACCAGAAGAAACCCCUUGCCUUUCAAUUUUCCCUUGGAGAGUGGUGGUGGUGGUUGGAAUAAUAACAACAAUAAUGAUAACAAUAAUCCUGUUGAUCCAUGGUGGUGGAAUGAUGGUAGUGACUCUUCAGAGAGUCAUUUUCCCUUUGUCUGGUUCUUAUGUUGCUCUGUGGUUUUCUGGUGUUUUAUCCACUUGCACUUGGCUUCUUCAGCACUUGCAAGAACAACUCUCUCUCCAGAGGAAGAAGAAGUUGUCGAUUUGAAGGUUUGGGAAAUUAAAGGAAGCAAGUGGAUCAGGCUCAUUCCCGAUCUCUUCAAGGCUGAAUUUGUCGUUGCUCCAUCAUCAUCAGGACCAUCACAUGAUGAUAAAUCACCAUCAUGGUUGAGCGCUGGGGGGAAUUUAUGGCUACAAUGUAAAGCUCUCUUCAUUCGCCUUAUGCUUCCUGAAGGAUUUCCCAUCAGCGUUACGCCUGAUUACUUGGAUUACUCACUUUGGCGGGGCAUCCAAGGUGUUGCCAGUCAAAUAAGUGGCGUUCUCGCCACCCAGGCAUUGCUUUAUGCUGUUGGAUUGGGGAAAGGGGCUAUUCCAACUGCAGCUGCCAUCAAUUGGGUCCUCAAGGAUGGAAUUGGGUAUCUCAGCAAAAUCAUCUUGUCCAAAUAUGGGCGCCAUUUUGAUGUCAAUCCUAAAGGAUGGAGGUUGUUUGCUGAUCUUUUGGAAAAUGCUGCCUUUGGAUUGGAGAUUUUGACUCCUGCUUUUCCUCAUCUCUUUGUUUUCAUUGGUGCUGCUGCUGGAGCUGGGCGCUCUGCUGCUGCUCUUAUCCAGGCUGCUACAAGGAGCUGUUUCUAUGCUGGUUUUGCUGCUCAAAGGAACUUUGCUGAGGUAAUUGCAAAGGGUGAAGCUCAAGGAAUGGUGAGCAAGUUUAUAGGCAUCAUGCUUGGUAUAGCACUAGCCAAUUGCAUAGGCUCUUCUACUCCCCUCGCCCUUGCUUCUUUCAGUGUGGUGACAUGGAUCCACAUGUUUUGCAAUCUGAAAUCUUAUCAAUCAAUUCAACUGAGGACCUUAAACCCCUAUCGUGCAAGUUUAGUUUUUAGUGAAUAUCUUCUCAGUGGCCAGGCACCUCCGAUCAAAGAGGUUAAUGAUGAGGAACCACUUUUUCCAACUUUGCCAUUUCUUAAUAUAAAUUCUAUGGACAAACACCCACAGUCAGCUGUACUAUCUUCAGGAGCAAGGGAUGCAGCUGCUGAAAUUGAGAAGCGGUUGCAGCUUGGCUCAAAGCUUAGUGAUAUUGUGAAAAACAAGGACGAAGUGCUUGCACUGUUCAAUCUGUAUAGAGACGAAGGCUACAUUUUGACUGAACACAACAGAAGAUUCUGUGUAGUGCUUAAAGAAAGUUGUUCAGGACAAGACAUGCUCAAGGCACUAUUCCAAGUGAAUUAUUUGUACUGGUUGGAGAGAAAUGCAGGACUUGAAGCAAGUGGUACCUCUGCUGAUUGCAGAGCAGGGGGAAGGCUACAAAUAUCUCUAGCAUACACACAAUGGGAAUUCAGCCAUGUCAAAAGCGACAGUGUAUCAAUGGGUUGGGUUACUGACGGACUUGUUGCAAGGCCUUUACCAAACAGGAUAUGUCCAGGUAAUGUGGCCUCCUCAAAAGCAAGCUGAGGAGAUGUCAAGGUGAGUUCUAUCGUAAAACAUAAGCGUGAAAACAGGGAAAGGAUUUUUACUUGCUGAUUUGUUGGACUACACUUCCUGCAGCAAAAUGCUAAACAUCACCGAUUCUCAUACAACUGAACACCGAUUCAACCAACUAUGAUUGAAAAGUUUCAAAAGGAUAGGUGAGCAAGGUACUGAACACAGAAGUAUAUUUUUACAAAUUAUAUUCACAUGUCAAUCAUCAAUAGCGAGAGAAGGUCCUUGCAAUGUGACUUUUGGUUAGAUUUAGUAAUUCUAAUACUAUUUUUAUUGCUAAGUGAAAUGUUUUUGAUGCUGUAAUUGAAUUUUGAAAUAAUUACAUGAGUAUAUAGUUCUGAUUAUUAUUGUUA